AUGUACUUUGGUGCUUUUUCAUCCCUACUUAUCGUAUUUUUCAGAUGGCAAAGUGCUUCUGGUCGCACCUACACGCCCUCAAACCCUGUCCUCCAUCACUUCAAUCUGAAAUCGCCAGUCGGUGCGGUAGAGUUUUCUCGGGAUGGAAAAUUCAUCGCCUUUUCGACUGAAGCCCUGGUUCAUGUCUACAAUACACCAAACAUUUUGAUGAGGGAGUUUGCACCAUGGAGACUACAUCGAACAUAUGCAGGUCACAGUGGGGAAGUCAAUGGUGUGACAUGGAGUGGCGAUGAUAAGUUCUUCCUCUCGUUCGGGACCGACCUUACGGCAAAGCUGUUCUCCCUGCAACCAGUUGAAGACUUCAGACCAAAGACGUUUGCCGGGCAUCGAGAUUCUGUUAUUGGUGCCUGGUUUGGUGGACGUUCACAGGACUCGAAGAUAUAUACGGUGUCGCGAGAUGGUGCCCUCUUCAUUUGGGGAGGAAAACAAGAUGAAACCACCGUCGAGGACGAAGAGAGACUUCAAAAGGAUCCGCAAAACAGGCUUGGGCAUACCAGAUGGGGUAUUCUCCAGAGGCACUAUUUUAAUCAACCGAAUACCAAGGUCACAAGUGCAGCAUUUUAUGAGAAAGGAAACCUCCUAGUCGUUGGCUUUGGCAGUGGAGUGUUCAGUCUAUGGGAACUUCCAUCAUCCACAUCUGUGGGUAACGAUAUCACAAGUAUCCAUACACUCUCGAUAUCCAAUGAGAGGAUAAGUUCUGUCGCCAUUAACUCUACUGGGCAAUGGCUUGCAUUUGGCGCACAAAAACUGGGCCAACUUCUUGUGUGGGAGUGGCAAUCACAGUCCUACAUCCUCAAGCAACAAGCUCACGCCCAUCAAUCAUCGUCCUCUAUAUCCCAUUCAUCCAUUACUCACCUCUCCUACUCUUCAACCUCACAGCAGAUAGCGACGUCCGGCUCCGACGGCAAAGUCAAACUAUGGUCGACCCAAUCUGGCUUUUGCUUCGUUACAUUUAGCGAGCAUAGUGCCAGCGUCACGGGUGUCGAGUUUGCCAAACGUGGGCAAAUCAUCUUCAGUGCUAGCCUAGACGGGACAGUUCGAGGCUGGGAUCUGGUCCGCUACCGCAACUUUCGGACAUUUACGUCCCCUACGGAGAGGCCUGUACAAUUCAACUGUCUUGCAGUCGAUCAGAGUGGCGAGUUGGUGGUCGCAGGCUCCAAUGACACUUACGAAAUCUUCUUCUGGUCUGUCCAGAGCGGCAAGCUGUUGGACAUUCUUACCGGACAUACUGGCCCUGUAUCCUCUCUCGCGUUUUCCCCUGUAGGAAACACGCUGGCGAGUGGUAGUUGGGACAAGUCGGUACGAAUCUGGGAUGUCGUCGGAAGAAGCAGAGCCGUAGAGCCCAUUUCCAUGAACUCUGAUGUGCUCGCCGUGUCAUAUAGGCCAGACGGACGAGAACUCGCUGUAGCCACACUUGAUGGUCAGAUCGCCUUUUUCGAGGAAGAAACAGGUCGGCAGACGGGUAUCAUCGAUGGGAGGCGAGACAUUAGCGGUGGAAGAAGUAUCCAUGACGGCCUCACCGCACAGAACAAUGCCGGAGGCAAGGCAUUCAACUCGCUCUCAUAUAGCGGCGACGGUACAUUACUUCUCGCUGGAGGCAACAGCAAGUAUGUCUGCCUAUACGACAUUCGCGAAUCAACGUUACUUCGAAAGUUUACAAUUUCCGAAAACCUGUCGCUCGAUGGCACAGAGGAGAUGCUCGACAGCCGUCGUGUCAAUUCAGCAGGCAUCAACGUCGACGCUCUCGAUAAUCACGAAGACGACUCAGAUGCAGGGGAUCGGUUGGCUGGGUCGAAGACACUGCCAGGCGUCAUGGGUGGCGAUCUCUCAAAGCGCAAAUGGAAACCGACCAUUCGCACAUCAUGCAUUCGGUUUGCUCCCGAUGGGCGUGGUUGGGCAGCAGCAAGCACUGAAGGCCUUUUGCUCUAUUCCAACGAAGAUCUCGUCACUUUUGAUCCAUUCGACCUCUCACUCGAUUUGACACCACAAAGCACGUUCGAGACGUUGGCGAACAAGGAGUACCUCAAGGCAUUGUGCAUGGCGAUGCGUCUCAACGAAGAAACGCUCGUCACUCGGGUAUUUGAAGGUAUCCCCACAACGGAGAUUCGCUUCGUCGUUGGGAAUCUCCCUCUGGGAUCUGCGGGUGCAAAUGGGUCAGAGACCGCGUACUAUCUCAGGAAAUUAAUGGAGUUGCUCGUCAAGAGAAUCGACAAGGGACCGCAUCUAGAGUCUGAUCUCCGCUGGAUCAUCGAAAUCCUCGAGCGCCAUGGGACAAUGCUCCGAGGUCGCAGUGGUGGCGACGGGAGUGAUUGGGCAGGCGUCUUGCGCGGCCUUGCUCGCGGCAUGACAGAGGUUCAAAAGACGGUAUCUACACUUUGUGAAGAUAACAUCAACACGCUCGAAUAUCUCAUUGACCAAUCCAUCGUUCACGAACGGUCACGUAUGGACAUUGAUACUUCAGCUUGA